AUGGCCGUCAAAACUCUCAAGAUCGCCUGCGCUGGCCUCGGCCGCAUGGGCAAGCGUCACGCCCUCAACUACCUUAACCGAACGCCCCGUGCCCAGCUUGUCGCAGUCUUUACCCCAGACCCCAAGGAAAUUGCGUGGGCUCAGGAGAACCUUGAGCCUGCUGGGGUCAAUACCUUUACGGAUUAUGACGAAAUGCUCAAGUUCCCCGGGCUGGAGGCUGUGGCUAUUGCUACAGUGACUGCUGUCCAUGCUGAGCAGGCCAUAAAGGCCAUUAACGCAGAAUUGCAUGUCUUCUCUGAGAAGCCUCUCAGCACUAGCGUCGAAGUUUCCCAAUCCGUCGUCGACGCCGCCAAGGCCAAGCCUUACCUAAAGGUCCUCUGCGGCUUCUCUCGCCGUUUCGACAAGUCCUACCGUGACGCUUACAAGCGGGUAAACUCAAUCGGAGGCCCGGCCAUUUUCCGCUCCCAAACCUGCGACAAGCUCGAUCCCUCGGGCUUCUUCGUUCAAUACGCUGAGUUCAGCGGUGGAAUUUUUGUAGAUUGCACUAUCCACGAUAUCGAUCUUGCUUUGUGGUUCCUCGGCGAUGGCUGUGCUGUCAAGAGUAUUACCGCGUCCGGUAUUACCGCCGUCGAGCCAGACCUGAGGAAACACAGGGACGUCGAUAACGGAAUCGGCAUCGUCGAGUUCUGGAAUGACAAGAUUGCCUAUUUCUACUGCUCUCGCAUGAUGGCUGCGGGUCAACACGAUAUGACCGAAAUCAUCGGCCCCAAGGGAAAGUUGGUUGUGAACGGAACGCCGAUGGUAUCUCUCGUUGAGAUGCAUGAGUCCAACGGAGUGCGACGAGAGCUUCCAGCCAACUACUACGAGCGUUUCGAGUACGCGUUCGUGACAAUGGCGAAUGAGUUUACUGCGGCUUGUUUGGAUAAUACUCCUCUGCCCUUUGAACUUUCUGGUGCCGUCAAGGCGCUCACCAUUAGUGUUGCCCUGCAAGAGAGCAUGAACACGGGGAAGAAGAUUCUUUUCAGCGAGACAGGUCUUCGCAUUGACUAG